CAUUCCUCUCCAUCAGAAAGUCUUCUGCUACAAGUUCCUACUUCUGGGUUCUGUGGAAACCACAGUUCUAAUACCUUAAGUGAAAUUUUAAGUAUCAUAAUAUCAACUAAGUUUGAAGAUGACGGAACCUACUUCUCGCCCCAUGAGUAUCGCAGGUCCCUAUGCAAAGGAGAGGGCUCGUUUGGAUGGCACUUUUACCGAUCUGGAUCGCGAAUGGCGAAAAAAGUACCUCAAGAGUCAAGAGUUGGGCCACCAUGAACCUCGUACUCAAUUUAGUGCUAGCCAAAUGGAGAUGAAUCCUAUACGUCGAGCAUAUCGAUUUCCGCUUGAUUUUGUUUUCUCUAAACUUCAAGCAACACUGGGAGACAGAACACAGAUUACCCGUUACUGGGUUGGCAAAUACCUUCUAGCUGGUUGGAUGGUCUUGGGUUUGACCUACUAUUUCAAAUACAACUCACAUGACUGGAGCCGUAAGAAAGGCUGGAUGAUUUAUGGUUCACGCCCUGCAGUUUACCCGGGAAGUCCAAAUUUCCCUAACGUUUCUGAAAAGAAACCUUCAGACUAUGCCGAUUAUGGAUUCAAAAACUCACCCAUUUAGAUUGCAUUUUAAGUUACAGACGUGAGUGGUAGUGAAAA